AUGACUGACAAAUUUGAUGCUAUUAAAGUGGGUACUGGUGAAGACCUCAUUACUUUAACUCGUUGGGUUAUUGCUCAACAACAGGUAAAUUGUUUUCUUGUUUAUUGUGACGCGCCUGAAGCUACUGGUGAUCUUACUUUACUCUUGACUGCCAUUCAAUUUGGUUGUAAAUUCGUUGCUUCUAAAGUCAAACAAGCUGGUCUUAUCAACCUAUUGGGCUUAACGGGUACAGCUAACGUUCAAGGAGAAGACGUCAAGAAAUUGGAUGUGCUUGCAAACGAUAUUUUCCGUAACGCAUUGAUUGGUUCUGGUAAAGCUUGUUUACUAGUCUCUGAAGAAGACGAAAAUGCCAUGAUUAUUGAAAAUAAGGAUCAACGCGGUAAAUACGUCGUGACAUUUGAUCCUUUGGAUGGUUCUUCUAAUAUCGACUGUGGUGUCUCUAUCGGUACUAUCUUUGGUAUCUUCAAAGUGAAAGAUGAGGCCAACCCCAACAUCAAAGACUGUAUUCGUAGUGGUCGUGAAUUGAUUGCUGCUGGUUAUUGUAUGUAUGGUUCUUACUGUGAAAUGAUCUUGUCUGUGGGUAAUGGUGUGAAUGGCUUUACUUUAGAUCCUGCUAUCGGUGAAUUUAUCAUGACACAUCCCAAGAUUACUUUACCUCCCCGAGGCAAGAUUUACUCUGUCAAUGAAGGCAACUACAAAUACUUUGAUGAACCUAGCAAGAAAUAUGUGGACCAUGUCAAACAAAAAUACAGUGCUCGUUAUGUAGGCUCCAUGGUAUCUGAUAUUCAUCGUACUUUAUUAUAUGGUGGUAUCUUUGGUUAUCCUGCUGAUUCAAAGUCAAAGAAAGGAAAACUUAGAAUCCUGUAUGAAGUCUUCCCAAUGUCUUAUCUCAUUGAACAAGCUGGUGGUAAGGCCACUACAGGUACACAAGACUGUUUGGAUCUCAUACCUGAACAUAUCCAUGAUCGUUCUGGUAUUUGGUUAGGAUCUAAAGAAGAUGUAGAAGAACUUGAAUCAUUUUAUAAAUAAACUUAAAAAAAGGCU